AUGUGCCCGGACGCAUCCCCGACGUGUUCGCGGCAGGCCGCCUGGGGCGGCGGUGGAGUGGCGCCGAGGGUGGGGCCGCGGUGGGGCGACGCCUGGGGCGGCAUGGGGCCGGGCCGAGGAGUACAGGCCCGGGCCCCCUCUGCUGCUCCCGGUGUUCCCCCCGGUGCGGCGGCCUCGCCUCCGCGGCCCGGCGUGGGCCCGGCGACCCAUGGGACGGGUCGCUGGGCUCGGCAGAGAGGGGAACUCGGCGGGGACAGGGUGCCUUUAUCCAAGCACCUGGGGGCAGGUCUGCGGGGUACGCGGACCGCCCUCACGCGUGCCGCCGUCGGGGCUUUUGCCGGGCGCGCGCGGGGUUCGCCCGCCGGAGUUAGCGUGGGCGGGUGCAGGGGGGUGUGUCGGCGGGGCGUGUGCCCGGACGCACCUCCCGGCGCGCUCUGGGGCGGGCCGCCUGGCGGUGGCGGUGGAGUGGCGCCGAGAAUGGGGCCGCCGCGUGGGGCGACGCCUGGGGCGGCAUGGGGCCGGCCGAGGAGUACAGCCCGGUCCCCCCUCUGCUGCUCCUGGGUGUUCCCCGGUGCGGCGGCCUCGCCCACGGAAGCGCCGGCGUGGGCCGGCGACCCCGAAGAGGGAUCGCUGGGCUCACGUGGAGAGGGGAACUCGGGCGGGUGA